GAAAAAUGUUUAACAAUUAAUUGUCAAUGUCAAACACACUAAUAUUUAUUUUAUAACUGAUUUUAAUUUUUGUUCAUUAGAUUUAUUCUUACAGUAGAAGAUUGUAAAAACCAUAUUUCAUAAUGCCUAAAAUUAAGGCUGAGAAAAAAUCUAGGAUCCACAAUGAAGUUGCUAAGCAAGGAAUUCAAUUUAACAAAGAUUUUGGACAGCAUAUAUUAAAGAAUCCUCUUAUUAUUACUUCUAUGUUGGAUAAAGCAGGCUUGAGACCCACAGAUGUUGCACUUGAAAUUGGUCCAGGUACUGGUAACAUGACAAUCAAAAUGCUUGAUAGAGUUAAAAAAGUAAUCGCCUGUGAAAUCGAUACCAGGCUGGUUGCAGAACUUCAGAAGCGUGUUCAAGGUACACCAUAUCAAGCCAAACUACAUAUUCUAGUUGGUGAUGUCUUAAAAACAGAAUUACCGUUUUUUGACAUAUGUGUCGCAAAUAUACCUUACCAAAUUAGUUCACCGUUAGUAUUCAAACUGCUUCUUCACAGACCAUUCUUUAGAUGUGCGGUUUUGAUGUUUCAACAAGAAUUUGCUCAGAGAUUAGUUGCGAAGCCAGGAGAUAAAUUGUACUGCAGGUUGUCAAUUAACACUCAACUCUUGGCCAGAGUUGAUAUGUUAAUGAAGGUGGGUAAAAAUAACUUCAGACCACCACCAAAAGUUGAAUCAAGUGUAGUUAGAAUAGAACCAAGGAAUCCUCCUCCACCAAUAAACUUUGUUGAAUGGGAUGGUCUUACAAGGAUAGCAUUUGUUCGAAAAAAUAAAACUUUGGCAGCUGCAUUCAAACACAACACAACAAUGGCUGUACUCGAUAAAAAUUAUAGAGUGCAUUGUUCUUUACACAACAAGGAAAUACCAGAAGAUUUUGACAUGAAAGAAAAAGUGCAAAACAUAUUAACAGCAGCUGAGGCCGAUCAAAUGCGAGCCAGGACAAUGGAUGUUGAUGAUUUCAUGAAAUUGUUACAUGCUUUUAAUUCGGAAGGAAUACACUUUGCAUAAUAACAGUUGUUUAUUUUCAGACAUAGCAUAAUAUUUAAACAAUGCAAUUUCUAUUGUAGAUUUCAAAAUAAACUACUAAAAAUCUAUUUCAAAUUAAACAGAGUAUGUUUACUUAGAGCCAAAAAUUAGAGAGUUGGUAUAACCUCUAUCGGCAAAAUCUGAAUCUUUCGUACGUUCAGAUUUAUAAGGAAAACCAGGUUGCCCAGGCAAAACCAUUGGCUUAGUACGGGUUACCCUCCAGCC